CCAAUGCUGUCGCCGCACUGCGUCCGCAAUAUCAUUAUCCGUGCGGCGGACGACGUCGGUCCGAGAUCACCUUCGAAAACCCGGUCUAACCGGAUAGGCGCUGUGGAUUUUAUUUUUAUUCGCUCGUGACAUUGGUUAGGUACCUAGGCGUAACAUAAAAACGUUUUGUCGUUGUUGAAUUUCGGUGGCAAAAGACAAACGGCGGCGGCGUCCAAGGACCACAGCUAUCCGGCGGCGCCGGCCAUCGAACGAUCGCGAAUGCAACGACGGCGGUGCAACUGGUUCUUUGCAGUGGACCGACCGCAUCGAUAGCGUAAUUAUUAUAUGUCUUCAUUGUAGUAUUCGAUUCACAGUCGUCGCACCGCCGCUGUCCGCUAAUUGCGAGAGCCAUCGUCGUUUUUCUCGGUUGUAGGCUAAAGUUAUUUGCGUUUUCCGCGCGUCGUYAUAUCCGUAUAUAUAGGCCAAGGAUUUCGGAGCUUUUCGGAAGCGCGGCCGACGCGACAGUUGUUCGUAAUAUUUUCGUACAAUAAUGAUCGCGGCGAACUGAUCAUCGUUAUAUAACGCAACAGUUGCAGUAUACCAGGCGCCAAUAACAUGAACCGAAUGGGCAAAGACCGGAAGUCGGCGAAAUCCCUUUCACUGGAGGAGAAAAAGUACUUGUUGGCGGUACAGCGGGGAGACGUGGCUAACGUGCAGAGGAUGAUCCAACGAGCCUUUCGAUCAGGACACAUAGACAUCAACUGCGUCGACUCUUUUGGUCGUGGUGCCAUCAACCUAGCGAUCGAAGCCGAAAAUCUGGAAAUGCUCGAAAUGCUGGUGGUAAUGGGCGUGGGACCAAAGGACAAUCUGUUACAUGCUAUCAAUGCCGAAUUCGUUGAGGCUGUGGAACUYCUUCUCCAAUACGAAGAGUUGGUGCACACGGAAGGCGAACCGUACAGUUGGGAAAAAGUCGAUUGGAACACCGCUUAUUUCACUCCUGACAUCACACCACUCAUUUUGGCCGCACACAAGAACAACUAUGAGAUCAUCAAAAUGUUGCUGGACCGAGGAGCAACACUCCCGAUGCCGCAUACAAUCAAGUGUGGGUGUGAAAAGUGUAUUACAUCUUCGAAAACGGAUUCGUUACGAUAUUCGAUGUGUCGAGUGAACGAAUAUAGAGCACUGGCCAGUCCGUCACUGAUCGCACUUUCGUCAGCUGAUCCAAUACUCACAGCGUUUCAGCUGUCUUGGGAGCUGAGAAGAUUGGCCAGAAUCGAAAAAGAAUUCAAAAACGAAUACUUGGAACUCCGACAACAAUGUGAACAAUUCGCUGUUGACCUGCUUCGGCAAACUCGAAGCUCCUACGAAUUAGAUGUGAUUYUAAAGCAUGACUCAGAAAAUGCACCAAGCAUAGGAUCCAUGAAACUAAGACUUGUCGAACUCGCCAUAAAAUAUAAACAAAAAAACUUUGUAGCACAUCCGUACAUACAACAACUUUUGGCGACCGUCUGGUACGAAGGUCUUCCAGGAUUUCGUCGUCUACGACUUUUCAAGCAAAUAAUUGAAAUCAUCAAAAUCGUCUACUUUUUCCCAUUCUACUGUCUUGUGUACCUAUACGCGCCCGGUGCUCAAAUUGGAAAAGUAAUGGAAAGACCAUUUAUGAAAUUUUUAAUCCAUUCAUCUUCCUAUCUUUCAUACUUAGGUCUAUUGGUACUGGUGUCGCAGAGGGCCGAAACGCAAUUUAUAGAGCUCUUCGGGUCCGAGUCUAUGAACAAAAGUCUGCAAUUGCGACAACUCCGUCAACGCGGCAACGGGCCGUCGUACAUUGAGCUCUUGAUCUUACAUUUUGUCAUCGGAUACAUCUGGCAAGAGAUACUGGACGUGCGCAGGGAAGGCCUGAAGAGAUAUCUGGCGCACAAUGCGUGGAAUUACGUGGAAUUUGCCAGGAACAAGAUAUACAUGACGGUGAUAGCUCUUCGAGUUUACGCUUACGUGACCGAAAACUCACAAAUAUUGGACGAUCCGUCUUCGGCGUUUAUUCCAAGGGAGAAAUGGGAAACCUUCGACCCGCAACUCCUGGCCGACGCCCUGUUCGCCGCCGCCAACAUACUGAGCGCUUUAAAGCUGAUCCAUAUGUGUUCAAUAAGUUCACAUUUAGGACCGUUACAACUGUCGUUGAAACGCAUCCUGAUCGAUAUACUCAAGUUCUUCAGUAUUUACAGCUUGGUGUUAUUUUCAUUCGCGUGUGGACUCAAUCAGUUAAUGUGGUAUUUUGCUGAUCUGGAACGGAAAAAAUGUUACAGUUUAAUAGAAGCCGGAUCAGGCGAGUCGUGCUCGAAAUGGAAGAAUUUUGGAAAUGUGUUCGAAUCAAUACAUACUCUGUUUUGGACGGGUUUUGGUGAGGUCGAUCUCGAAACCUUUGAUCUACCAGGAAUGAAACCUUACACGAGGUUCUGGGCACUUUUUAUGUUCGCUACUUAUUCAGUGAUUAACGUCACAAUUAUGUUGAACCUGCUCAUCGCUAUGAUGUCCAAUUCUUACUCUGUCAUUGAGGGUCAAUCGGACGUGGAAUGGAAAUUUUCCAGAUCAAAACUGUGGCUGAGGUGUUUUGAAGAAACACCGACACUUCCGUCACCUUACAACGUGUAUCCGACGCUGAAACACUUCAAAAAGAUUUAUUCUUUGAUAUGGAAAGUUAAGAAAACUGAUUCGUGGCGUCGGAAUGACAAAGAUCAUAAUUUCAUAAAUCAAAAUCAAAGGGAGAGUGAAUUUGCCACUGUAAUGCGAGCCCUUGUCUGGCGAUAUAUUUCCAUGAAGCAUCGAGAAAUGGAAAACUUGGGCGUAACUGAAGAAGAUAUUAACGAAAUAAAGUCUGAACUUAGCACAAUGAAAUACGACUUUUUAGAAGUACUCCGUAAAAAUGGUAUGGAAGUGCCCAGCGAUCAUCGUAAAAAGUCCAUGGACAAAAAAUCAAAAAUCUGGGAACGACGGUUGAUGUCAGACUUUUACGUGGCACCGGUGUUUCCUGGUGGCAGCGUUUGUAGCAGUAACAACAGCAGCAUCGAUGAUGAUGUUUCACUCGACCAUCGAUUGCGGCCGAUCGAUCGGUUCCGGAAAGCUGUCCGAAUGGUCGCGGCCAACUCGGCGUCCGGCAGAUGGCGGACUACCAUAUGUGGCGUGUAUCAGAAGUAA